CGACGCUGAGGUGAACUAGGCAGCGGCCCAAGUGUGCCUGCGGGCGGCGAUGAAGCCUCUCCGAGCGCCCGGGGCGGUGUGGGGCCUGGCCUUGGUGCUGUGCCAGCUGGGCCCGGCGGCGCGGGCGAUGGACCCGAUGACCCUGAGCAUCGCGGUGGCCGGCGCCGCCUCGGCCCUCACCGGCAUCAUCUCCCUUCCGAGGCUCUAUUGCUACUUCGCCGAGUGCUGCGUGGAAAGGCCUGCAGCACAGGUCGGGAGAGAUCUUAAGGACAACCUGGGGAAAAAAGUCUUCGGCCAACACCUGGUGUCGGAGGUGGUUGUGAAAGCCGUGAUGGGGUUUCUGACGAACCCAAACCCGAAGAAACCCCUGGCGCUCUCCCUGCACGGAUGGACAGGGACGGGCAAAAACUUCGUCAGCAAGAUUGUGGCGGAAAGCCUUUACGACGAAGGGCUCAAGAGCAAGUACGUCCACCAGUUUGUGUCCACGCUGCACUUCCCACACCAGCAAAACAUCAGUCAGUACAAGGACCAAUUGCAAACAUGGGUUCGUGGCAAUGUGAGCGCCUGCGCAAGGUCAGUCUUCAUAUUUGACGAGAUGGAUAAAAUGCACGCUGGACUCAUAGACUCCAUCAAGCCUUUCCUGGAAUAUUAUGAAGAAAUAGAUGGCAUCUCGUAUCGAAAAGCGAUUUUCAUUUUCCUCAGCAAUGCCGGAGCUGAAAAAAUAACCGAAAUGGCUCUCAACUAUUGGAAGAAUGGAAAGAAGAGGGAAGAGCUGACUCUGCAUGUUUUGCAACAAUCAUUGUCAAAUUCUGUGUUUAAUAACAAAAAUAGUGGAUUUUGGCACAGCAGUCUGAUCGAUCGAAAUGUCAUUGAUUACUUCAUCCCAUUCCUGCCUCUGGAAAUCAGCCACGUGAAAAUGUGCAUCAGGUCUGAAUUGGAAUCUCGGGGCCACGCGGUCAAUGAAGAUGUGGUCUCUCGGGUGGCCGAUGAGAUGACCUAUUUCCCCAAAGAGGAGCGGAUCUAUUCUGACAAAGGAUGCAAGACAGUUUACACAAAAUUAGAUUUCUAUUACGAUGUUUAAAAUCGUUUUCCGCUUGCAACUUCAGAGAAGUGGGGAGAAAAUACGCCCGGACAGAGGACUCAAAAGAAACCAAAUCGCUUUUUUCCCCAAAUUUAAUUUUAUCCUAUGUAAAUAGGACAAUUAAUUGAGACUGGGGAAGAGCUGGGAUCUUGGAUGUCUAAAAUGGUGGCUCAUUCAUUAAGAGAACAGUUUCUCGGUCCAUCCGUGGAAAUAAUGUUUUUAAUCAUGACUGUGUUUUGGUCCACAUCACGAGCGCUUUAGGGAACACGUCUAUCUGGAAGUGAAAACAGUUCUAAUUAGAUAACGGUUGAUAUGAAAAGUAUUCUGAUUUUUGUCUUUUUGAAACAUUUGUGACUUCUAAGAAAUGAAUGUUUUUGAAUGCAUGCAUUUAAAAAAAAAAUUCUACAAAUUAACAGCUUGAAUCUUUCCAGUAAUCUUGAGCUAAUGUAGUACACUUCGUUAGAAAUGAUUCUUUGGAUAUCCUUCGAUCUGCUUUUAAAGAGCCUUUAUUCUGUAUGGAAACCAGUGUUGGUGCUAAAAAGAGAGAGAAAAUAAGCUAGAAAAUUAGAAACAAACAAAAGAUUUGACACUAUUUCAGGGAGGUUUUUUUUGUAACUUUGGAAUAAAACACAACUUGCUAUGUUAACUACUGACCGGGCUGAACAGCAGACAUAUUCCAAGUAUUUUGAGAAUCAACCGCAAUUCCUUGAAGCAAGAACAUAUCAGAACCAAUUCUGAAAGCGUUGCCUUCAUGCCCAGACACAGAAUUUCUGAGAAAGUUUUAAUGUUGGGGUCUCUGCAAUCAUUAGCACAAUAUUCCUUUUCCUCCACCUAUCCAAAUAAAAUGGCUUUGUGAAACAGCUUUCCUUAACAAGAAGGUAUUCAUCUUUUACAACCGUUUGUUGAAAGUUCUGGAAUAUUUUUGUGAAUAAAGAAAAGAAAACCCGGUUGGUUAA